GAAUUAAAAAGUCACGACUCGGAAACAGUGCACGAUCUUUUACUUUCUCUGGGGAAGCGAAUUUUCCAGGACCCUUUCCGAGUGAUCUGCACAAGAAGCAGCCUUCAAAAUUGAGGUCCAGGUCCACAUUGCGAUGGACAGCAAUCCGCCGGACACAGCCGCGCCGCCGCCGCGGGAGAAUCUGAUCAGCACCGCCGUGACCUUCCUGCAGAACCCCAACGUGGCGCGGAGUGCACUAGACCAAAAGCGCGGCUUCCUGCGGUCAAAGGGCCUGCGGGAGGAUGAGAUUGAGCUGGCGUGCCAGCGCGCGGGCGUGUACAGUCUGGACCCCAAGCAGAUCCAUACGGUGGUGAAUAUGAGCUCGGGCUACGCCCUGACGCCUCCGUCGCUGUUCGUGCGCAUCCGAGAGGCGCUGCAGUCCGCGGCCGUGUUCGGCGCCAUCGCGUGGUGCAUCAUUUGGCUGUACAGGAACUAUAUCGAGCCCUUCCUGUUCGGGCGCAAGCGGCGAAAGUCCGUGCGGGACUCCGUGACGGAGCUGGAGGACCGCGUGCGCUCAGGCUUCACGGACCUCAACGCCGAGGUGGCGAAGCUGCAGCACGAUCUCGACCGCGCCGUUCAGCGCAGCGCGCUCCACGAGGAGAUUCUCACGAUCAAGUCCGAGGUGGAAGCCGUGAAGGGCAUCUUGCUGAGCCGAAAGCAGUUCUCGCAGGCCGUGCCGCCCUCCAUUCCCGCCUGGCAGCUGCUGGACAAGGCGCAGCACGCGGAUCAUGACAAGAACGACGACAACGAUACCGGGUCCGGGUCCAGCGAGACGGAAGUCGUGACGAAGAACAGCGACAGCAGCCUCGAGAUCAUGUAGACGAUUUUGUACCAAAUAUUCGGGGGCAUUUAGCGGGUUUUUUCCUUGGGUUUAGGCUUCACACGGAGCUUCACUCCUCAAAUCCACAGUCGAAUCGUUCCUGUGAAGAUUAGUCAUGUGCCGUGAAUAAAGUCUUUUUAUAC